CCGACCCCGGAAGUGCCGCCGUCGCCGCGGGUCCCGCUCGGCGCGGCCCGUCCCGCCGCCGCCAUGGGAGUGCCGGCCUUCUUCCGCUGGCUCAGCCGCAAGUACCCCUCCAUCAUCGUCAACUGCGUCGAGGAGAAGGUCAAAGAGUGCAAUGGUGUCAAGGUCCCCAUUGACACCAGCAAGCCCAACCCCAACGAGGUGGAGUUCGACAACCUCUACCUGGACAUGAACGGCAUCAUUCACCCCUGCACACACCCAGAGGACAAGCCAGCGCCCAAAAAUGAAGAUGAGAUGAUGGUGGCGAUUUUUGAGUAUAUCGACAGGAUCUUCAACAUUGUGAGACCGAGGAGGCUCCUUUACAUGGCCAUAGAUGGAGUGGCCCCACGUGCCAAAAUGAAUCAACAGCGGUCCAGGAGAUUCAGAGCCUCAAAGGAGGGCAUGGAAGCAGCUGAGGAGAAGCAGAAAAUCCGACAAGAAAUUCUGGCCAAAGGUGGCUUUCUGCCUCCAGAGGAGGUGAAGGAGAGGUUUGACAGCAACUGUAUCACCCCGGGAACCGAGUUUAUGGACAAUCUUGCUAAAUGCCUCCGCUAUUACAUCGCUGACCGCUUGAACAGCGACCCGGGCUGGAAGAACCUGACAGUUAUUUUGUCAGAUGCCAGUGCUCCUGGUGAAGGGGAGCAUAAAAUCAUGGAUUACAUCAGAAGACAAAGAGCUCAACCCAACCAUGACCCAAACACUCACCACUGUCUGUGUGGGGCUGAUGCUGAUCUGAUCAUGCUUGGCUUAGCUACACACGAACCAAACUUCACCAUCAUCAGGGAAGAGUUCAAACCAAACAAACCCAAGCCAUGUGCUCUCUGUAACCAGAUGGGGCAUGAGGUUAAGGAUUGCCAAGGUCUGCCCAGAGAGAAACAAGGAAAGCACGAUCAGUUUGCCGACACCCUGCCGAUCUCAGAGCAAGAGUUCAUCUUCAUCCGCCUGUGUGUCCUGCGAGAGUACUUGGAGAGAGAGCUCACCAUGGCCAGCUUGCCUUUCACUUUUGAUUUUGAAAGGAGUGUUGAUGACUGGGUCUUCAUGUGCUUCUUUGUGGGGAAUGACUUCCUCCCUCAUCUGCCAUCUCUGGAGAUCAGGGAGGGAGCAAUCGAUCGCUUGGUUAACAUCUAUAAAAACGUGGUGCACAAAACCGGGGGCUACCUGACUGAAAGUGGGUUUGUGAACCUGCAGCGGGUCCAGAUGAUCAUGCUGGCUGUUGGGGAAGUUGAAGACAGUAUUUUCAAAAAGAGGAAAGAUGACGAUGAUAACUUUAAAAGACGACAAAAAGAAAAAAGGAAGAGAUUGAAGAGGGAUCAGCCUUCCUUUAUUCCUGGUGGUCAGUUUUCCCCUCAAGCCCUGGGAAAUCGAUCCAGCCCUCAGGCAAUCUGUAACCCUCGACAAGCUGCCUUUGAGAUGAGGAUGCACGACAGGCAGAACUCGACAACUUCAGCAUCUCCAAACACCAGCCUGACUCCUGACAGCAGCCCGUCCCUGGGAGGAGGAAUUAAGCGGAAACCUGAGGACAGUGACAGUGAACCCGAGCCAGAGGAUAAUAUCAGGUUGUGGGAAACUGGUUGGAAGCAGCGCUACUAUAAAAACAAAUUCGAUGUGGACGCCUCAGAUGAGAAAUUCCGCCGCAAGGUUGUGCAGUCCUACGUGGAAGGGCUUUGCUGGGUUCUCAGAUAUUAUUAUCAGGGCUGUGCAUCCUGGAACUGGUAUUACCCUUUCCACUACGCUCCCUUUGCCUCGGACUUCGAGGGCAUCGCAGACAUGCCUUCAGACUUUGAGAAGGGCUCCAAACCGUUCAAGCCUCUUGAGCAGCUGAUGGGAGUGUUCCCGGCCGCCAGUGGAAACUUCCUGCCGCCAACGUGGAGGAAACUCAUGACAGACCCAGAAUCAAGCAUCAUUGACUUCUACCCUGAAGAUUUUGCUAUCGAUUUGAAUGGGAAGAAGUAUGCUUGGCAAGGUGUGGCGUUGUUGCCCUUUGUGGAUGAGCGACGCCUCAGAGCUGCCCUGGAGGAAGUGUACCCUGACCUCACUCCUGAAGAGAGCAGGAGGAACAGCCUUGGCGGUGAUGUUCUCUUUGUCGGGAAGCACCAUCCACUCUGUGACUUCAUUGUGGAGCAGUACAAGACCAAGAACACAGAGGCAGUGGACAUCCCACCGGAGCUGUGCCAUGGCAUCCAGGGAAAGCUCACCCUGAACGACAACGCCGUCCUCCCGGAUCAGGUGGUGCAGUCUCCUGUUCCUAUGCUGCGGGAUCUGACACAGAACUCUGCCGUCAGCAUCUCAUUCAAAGAUCCACAAUUUGCUGAAGACUUUGUUUUCAAGGCUACAGUGUUACCUGGGGCAAAGAAACCUGCUCCAGUUCUGAAGCCAGGAGACUGGGAAAAAACCAACAAUGAUGGCAGGCCUUGGAGACCACAGCUUGGCUUUAACAGGGACAGGAAACCAGUGCAUUUGGACCAGUCAGCGUUCAGAACCUUGGGGCACACGAUGCCGAGGGACAGGGGCAUGCCAGGGAUGUACCCCAACGCUGUGCCGCUCGGAGCCUACGGCAGCCCCUACGCCAGGCCCCUCAUGGGCAGCCAGCAGCAGAUCCCCAAACUGCUGUCAAAUCUUCGGCCCCAGGAGUCCUGGAGAGGUCCCACGCCCUUGUUCCAGCAGACACCACAAAGCGUUCUCUCCUUGCGCAGAACCGCCGGAGCUGCUCCUCUCCUCGCCUGGAACCGCAUGCUGCAGUCCCCAAACCAGUUCCAGCCAGCUCAGUACCAGGGCCUGGGGCCCAUGGGAUACCCCCAGAGACCCGAGGACCGCAUGGACAGGGGCAGACAGGCGUACGGCCCCGGGAGGCCCUACCCGCUCCCGCAUCCCGCAGGAAGGUACAGCUGGAAUUAGCUCCUGCCUCCUGGUUUUUUUUUUAAACAUGGAAAACGUGCGAGUAUUUUGUUUUUGUUCUUUUUAUUAUUUGUGGGGUAUGGGGGGGGGUGGCAAAAAGAAAAAAAAAAAAGAAGUUGUUAAGCACCAUCCCUGUAGUUUUUAAACGGAUGCCUGUUUUAAAUGUGCACAUUUCUUACGGACCUGAGGAUGAUUUUUGGGAGGGACUGGAAAGAGCGGGUUGCCGUCGGACAAGGUGGGAGUGCUGCGUCGUCCUCCUUACAUAUCCAAGCCGUGCCGAGCGCUGCCCGGCCACUCUGAACUCCGAGCACCCUCUACUCCACACACAAGAGCCUGAAAACAGACGAGGAGUUGGAAAGAAUGCCCAGGAAUGGGAUUUUAUGAACUCUCGGGGCAGACCCAGCAGGCAGCCGGCGGCGCUGAAAGAGACACGGCCCUCGCUGCUCCUUGGCGGAUGCUUCCUUCGGUUUCUCGGACUCUGAAGUAAAACAUUUCAACUUUUUGGAUGUGUGCCUGUUUCUGGCGUGGGUUUUGUCGUGGCAAAAGCAGGCAGGGGCCGUGGGUUUGUCUGUUUGAUACCUAAUUUAAAGCGGCUGCGAAGGGCAGAAAUUCAUUCGUUUUUAGCACUCUUUCUAGGGAUUUUCUGUGUGAACGUACCAAGUCAGUAAAUAUUUUUAUUUGCUUUAUAAAGUGGCUUUUGAAAUUCUGA